GUUCAUUCUUUUUAUUUCAGGGCAGGUUGCUAGGCUUCACAUCUAAGCUCAGAAGACUAAAGUCAGACGCAGUACCUACAGUGUUUGCUUUUGACCAAAACUGCAGAGUAUACAGCAACCAACAAAUAAGAAAAAGAGUGUUGAACGAGAUACAUGUACCAAACAACAAUGGGAUCAUAGAUAACCAACCGAAAUCAGUUUUGAUAGAAAGUAAAGAAGACUGCAACAUUCCACUAAAAAAGAAAAAGCAUAUUCUGAAAGCUGAAGAGGGAAAUGUAAGGGGAUUGUUAAAACCCAUAAUGGUUGACGACGGGGUUCAGACUUUAUCACCACAACAACUUCAGACAGAUCUCAGUACAUCAUCGACAGACCACAACUACUUUCAGACGACCUUAUUGACACAACCACUGGAUACAGCUUUUAUCAGUUCCCCCCAGAAAGACCCGAAUGCAUCUGAUGAGUCUAAGCCUUCGCCACCACCUAGUCCCGAGAAGCCUGACAGUGACUACUCUUAUAUACCAAGUGAUAAAUCCCAUGAGUCCAAUCAGUCCACCUCUUCCGACUCCUCACAACAAAUCAGCACAGAACCAAAGUGUUUGGCUUUUGAGAGCUCCAUUAGGUCAUUGUUUACACGAGUCGUAUGCUCAGAAUGUGGAGUUGCAGUUUCUGCGGACGAAUCCAUGAUAACCUACAAUGGGACAUCAUUGAAAGUAAAAUUCCUCUGCAUGGAAGGUCAUUAGACAUUUUGGGAAUCCCAGCCUUUAGUAACCAGCAAACCAGCUGGUAAUUUGAUGGUGGCAACAGCAAUAGUCCUGUCCGGUGAAACAUUCACAAGAAUAUCCCAUUUUGCAGAUAUCCUUUCGCUGAAGUUCAUUGGACCUACCCAAUUCUACAGUAUACAGAAGCACAUAACCAUCCCAGCAAUUGACCAAUUUUACCACAUGCAAAGAGACGUUAUUCUCCAGCAACUACAGGGUAAGCAGCUCAUACUUGGUGGAGAUGGACGCUGCGACAGUCCCGGCUUUUCAGCCAAGUAUUGCACGUAUACCUUCAUGGACACAAAGACGGGAGUUAUUCCCGAUUUCAACUUAGUUCAAGUUUCAGAAACAACAUCAUCCAACAAGAUGGAGUUGAUAGGCUUCCAGCGGUCCCUAGAUGGCAUAGAAGCAGCAAAUCUAAAUGUCGGAGUGAUUGUAACAGACAGACAUGUACAGAUUCGCCGGGCAAUGUAAACAGACCACAGCGACAAAGCCC